AUGAUGAAAAUGAUUUUUAUAAUUAUUGGAUUAAUAAUAUUUAAUCAAUUAAUAGUUCAUGUAUCACCAAAAGAAAUGAGAAUACCAAUACCUCAAAUUCCACAUAAUGGUGUUUUAGUUGUUAAAAAAACUGGCGGUAUAAACGAUGUUAAUGAAAUUGUUGAGAUUGACAUGAAAACUUUAUCAACAAGAUAUAACACUCAGGUUUUAUUACAAACUGAUAUUCAAAAAUUAAGAUUCGAUGUAUAUGGUGAUUCAACAUUCAAAGAAUUCCCACAAUUUACAAAUGUAACAUUAGAAAAUCCACAAUAUUAUGAUUAUGUUUUAGAUAUUGAAAUUCCAAUUAUUCAACAUCCAUAUUCAAAAAAAAUAGUUUGGAUGACUUAUCCAUUAAAAUCAAAACCAAACUUUUUAGAUACUUUAGAAUAUAUUUUAAAUACAUAUGGUGUUGCUAUUAUUUAUUAA